AUGAGUGCCUCCUUGUCGGCCAUUGAUCCUGCCCUCUCCUACGCCCAGCGGCCCCAGCUGCACCAGCAACCCGCGUCGUUUACAGGCACCAGCGCCGUCCAGCAGCCCGCGCCUGACGAUGCCCUGCCGCAGCCAUACUUCCUCCCGCCGGGCGCUCAUCAGCAUCAACCGCUAGCCGGCGCACUGGAUCCCGCGCUCGAAGCCCGCUCCGUCAAGGCCCCUCCACCUGAAGAUACUCCCGACGACCAUGUGGUACCGGCUCUCGAGGAACAACCACACGAUGAGCCGGGCAGUGCACCGGCGAACCCUGCCAGUGAUGCAAAACGUCCUCGAGCGUGCGACUCCUGCCGCGGAUUGAAAGUUCGAUGCGAUCAGGAUCCAAGCCGGCCAGAUGUGCCGUGCAAGAGAUGCGCCAAGGCCAACCGCCUCUGCAUCACCACACCGCCGACAAGGAAGAGGCAGAAGAAGGCGGACAGCCGGGUCGCUGAGCUCGAGAGGAAGAUUGACGCUCUGACGGCUACGCUGGAAGCGCAUAGAGGAGACGGGCCGUCAGAAAGCGGACAAUAUGCGCCAGAUCCUCCGCCAUCCGGACUCCCAUAUGACAGCGUUCACCCACAGCUUCGUCAAGAACCGGGGACCUACAACAACGCCCCACAGGAACCAGUCUGGCCAGACGAGCAAGGGAGGAAUAAACGGCGGAGGCUCGAUAUCGAGGCAAACCAGUCAGCAGAUUAUGCAGAAGACCAGAUCAAGGCCAUGAGGCGCGAGGUGCUCAUGUCUGAGAAUGCAGAAAUCGCAGCGGAAGCCCACGAUUACGGUCGCAGUGCGAGACCCUUCGUUGAUCACUCAAACUUGAUUCGCAAAAUCGAUGAGCUACUCGAUCCGGGGGAGGCCGAGCGUAUAUUUGAUCGCUACGUGCGAGAGGUAUCUCCAUGCUUUCCCGCCGUCCCGUUUCCUCCUAAUACCACCGCGGAGCAGAUCCGAACCAGCAAACCACUGCUGUUCCUCUCAAUCCUGGCGGGGACUUCGUAUGGCAUCAACGUUCGGCCUGAGAUACAGCGAGAGCUGUGGGUCAUGCUGAAUGACGAGUUUGCGAAUGCACUAUGGCGCAAUGCAGAGAAGUCACUUGAGAUAGUCCAAGCACUCCAGGUUGGCGUGCUAUGGUAUCGGCCGCCCUCUGCCUUUGAGCAACACAACUUCUACCAGAUGGCGAACACCGCUGCAGUGAUGGCUCUAGAUCUUGGACUAGGAAAGCGAGUUGUCAGCGGUAGGAAGCAUCCCGGAUCUGGACCUUACCGUCGAUGUCUUCCGCAUCAGGAUAGCGUUGAAGCCCGACGAGCGUGGCUAGUGUGCUACUUUCUGUGCAUGAGUAUCACUAUGGCUCUACGACGUCCGAUUCUGCUACGCUGGACCAAGUACAUGGACGAGUGCAUAAAAGCUCUAGAGACAUCACCUGAUGCCCUGCUCUCUGACCGUGCCCUCUGUCAGCAUGUCCGAACGAUCCACAUCUGCGAAGACGUAUCAGUACAGUUCUCCAUGGACGAUCCGAAUACCGAAAUAUCCAUCUCUGAUGCCAAGGUCCAGUACUCUAUCAAGACCUUUGAGAACCAGCUGAAAGACUUGAGCAAGCACGCGCCGUACGACAGCAUGGUGCCCGUGAUCAAGUAUUCCGAGCACGUUGCCAACCUUUACAUUCACGAGAUUGCGCUGCACCAUAGUUCCAAUCUGGAUUCAUUCGGUGCUGGCUGUCCCCUGUCGGACUCCUUUUCGAAAGGUGAACAGCCCAGCAGAGUCAUUGGUCCUGCUCAUGUUGCGGCGUUGAGCGAGUGCCUCUCCGCUUCGCACGGCAUCCUCGACACCUUUCUUACACUUCCAUACGAAGUUGUGAAUGUCCUCCCCACAGUUUUCUCGGUGCGCGCCAUUUACUCCCUCGUCUGCCUCAUCAAGAUGUGGGUCGCGGUGACCAACCCCGCCAGUGAUAUGGGCACUGUUAUCCGCAAAGAGGACCUGAGGCUUGAGCACUACUUGGGUGCAUUGCGGGCUAUUUUCGGUCGGAUCAAGGAGAGGGAUGAAAUGAGCCCUCACAACAAGUUCGUCUAUGUGGUCGGCAAGCUCAACGACACCUUUACCCAGCUGAAAGAGGGCUUGCCACCUAACACAAAGACGCCGUGGUCCACUAGUCGAGGCCAGGACGCUGGUAAUCCCGCGCAGACUAAACGACGCUCGAAAGGCGCAUACGCACAACAGCAUGGCCAAACGCCCUUGCAUCUACUCAGCGAGGUCGCGACGGUAUCAAACGGCAAUCAACCACCCAGCGGCAAUGAUGCGAGCGUCGGGUCUUAUCUACCACCGCAGACCCAGCAGUCACAGUGGUAUCAGCCGCCCCAGCAGCAACAGCAGCAGCAGGUUGCACCGGUGGAUAUGCAGGGCUAUGACUUUGGUGGUUCGGGGCAGGGGAUGAUGACUGGCUUUGAUUUUAGUCAGCUGGGCAUGAACUUGGAUUUGUUCCAGGGGGACAUUCUUUGGACGUAUCCGGGGGAUCCUUUCGCGAUGCCUACGGGUGAUGGCGGAUUUAUGUAA